AGGUUGUGUUGUGGUAGUCAACAAAAGUGAGAAAUGAAAGAUACUUUGUGGAAAGAAAAUCACUUCCAAGAUAAUAUACCAGACGCAGAUUCUAUUCAAGUGGAUGAUAUUCAGACUCGUGCAGAAAAGUUACGUCAACAGGCCAAUGCAGCUGUUGGCGCCAAAAAAUAUGCACAAGCUUGUGAGUUGUAUACACAAGCUAUUGAAUUGAGUCCUUGUGCCAUACUUUAUGCCAAUCGUGCCCUCGCUAGAACCAAGAUGGAAGAAUAUGGAUAUGCUUAUAUGGAUGCUUGUAAAAGUAUCGAAUUGGAUUGCCAUUAUCCUAAAGGCUAUUAUCGACGUGCAGUAGCCAAUUUUGCGCUUGGAAAGUAUAAAGCUGCUUUAGAAGACUUUAAAAAGGAGUGUGAAAGGAGAAUUCGAGAACAAGCUUUUGCCAAAGCAAUCGAUUCGGAUGCUGUGAAGCCAGUUUCUUUGUUUGAAACCAUCGAUUAUGAGUCCAUCAUAGUAGAAGAUAGCUAUCAAGGUCCUACAUGGGAACAAGAGGAUAUUUCAGAGUCUUUUUGUUACGAGUUGAUAGAAUAUUUGCGCAAUCAAGGUAAACUUCAUAAAAAGUAUCUAAUCAAGUUAUUGGUUUAUGCCAAACGAUAUUUGGAUCAAUUGGACAAUAUCGUAUCUUAUCAAGUAAAAGAGAGUGGAAUUACAGUUUGCGGUGAUACUCACGGACAAUAUUAUGAUUUAUUGAAUAUUUUUCAACUCAAUGGCUAUCCAUCACGUGAUAAUCCUUAUUUGUUCAAUGGUGACUUUGUUGAUCGAGGUUCCUUUAGUGUUGAAGUUAUUAUCACUUUAUUAACUUUUGUUUGUUAUGAUCCUCUUUGUAUGCUACUUAAUCGUGGCAACCAUGAAAGCAAAAAUAUGAACAAAAUUUAUGGAUUUGAAGGAGAAGUGAAAACAAAAUAUAAUGAAACCAUUUAUUCAUUAUUUGCUGAGCUUUUUGAAAGUCUUCCAUUGGGACAUUUAUUGAUUGGAAAUGAAAAGGGAAACAGAAAACAAGUAUUGGUUAUUCAUGGAGGAUUAUUUAGUCGAGAUGGUGUCUUAUUGGAAGAUUUACAACAUCUUGAUAGGCAUAGAGAACCUGAUCAAGGUCUUAUGGCAGAAUUAUUGUGGAGUGAUCCUCAAAAGGAAAUGGGUUGGGGAGUAUCUAAAAGAGGAAUUGGCGUAUCUUUUGGACCAGAUGUUACUUGUAGGUUUUUAGAUGCCAACCAAAUUGCCUUGUUAGUUAGGAGCCAUGAAAUGAAGGAACAAGGAUAUGAAGUAGAAGCAGAUAAUCGAUUGAUUACUGUGUUUUCUGCUCCCAACUAUUGUGACCAAAUGGGUAAUCUUGGAGCUUAUAUUCGAUUUUCUUCAACAUUGGAACCUCAGUUUUAUACUUUUGCACAAGUUCCUCAUCCCAAUGUUCCACCCAUGGCUUAUGCAUCCAAUGGUUUAGGUUCCAUGGGAUUGGUGUGAGGAAUCUCCAACAAAUCGAUAGAUUCAAGUG